AUGGGGGUAAAAUUCAUUGUAGAGCAUAUGGAUGAUCUUGAAGAAUGGUGCAUACUUGAAUAUAUGCAUAUUUGUGAAAUUGUAAAAGAUGAAAAUAUAAUAUUUACAAAAUUUAAAGGUAAUUUUAAAGAUAUAUCAAAAUCACAUGAGCCAAAAUGUUAUGAAAAAUCUAUAGGUGAUUUAAAAGAUGAAUUUGGAUGGAAUAAAAUAUGCUUAUUAGAUAUGAAAGCAAAAGAUGUAUUAACAUGCAAGGAUAAAAAUGAAAUCGACUUUUUAUUAUUUGGUGGUAUAUUGGGAAAUGUACCAUCAAAUGAUAGAACAUCAGAAUUAAGAAAAUUCGAAUUUCCUAUAUCAAGAAAUCUAGGAAGUGUGCAAAUGACUACAAAUACUGCAGUGUUAGUUUGUCAUAUUAUUUUAAAUGAUCAGGUAGAAUUAGAAAAUAUUCCUUUUGUUGAUAAUCCUGAUAUUGUUCUUAAAAAUAAUAAAGAAUCUAUGAUGUUGCCAUUUCGUUUUGUUUCCAAAUAUUAUUAUACAAAAUGUGAAAGCGAUAAAAAUGUUCCAAUUCUACCAAAAAAUUUUAAGGACUAUUUAAUAAAAUUAGGUGAUCAGCAAUAUAAUGAUCUUGAUUCUUUUUUUUAA